UAUAGAGGCGCUGCCAUCUAUCUAACUCCAAUGCCUAUCCGGCUGCCAAUUUUUCUCAGUUCUGCAAGGCAUGUCAGCAAUUCAUCUGUGUUCAUUUUUCGGUUCAUUGCUUUCCAUCUUAGCCCACUUUUGAUUCACUUAUCCUAUUUUGUUAUCAUUGAUGUACUUGGUUUUGUUGCCUUGAUGGCGCUGAAGCCAAGCAACCCUAACUAUAGUCCUCGCUAUGUCGACAUAUUUUUCCUUUCGACAUCUGCAGUCACAGUUACAGGAUUAGCUACCAUUAAAAUGGAGGAUCUUUCUAGCUCUCAAGUAGUUGUCCUAACUCUCUUGAUGUUGUUAGGAAGUGAGAUGUUUGUUUCCCUGCUUGGCCAUAUUCACGAGUUGAGCAAGCAAAACAAGCAUGAUCCUGAAGAUAGUAGAGUUAGAUCGGUUACCGUGCAAGAUGAGUCGCAGAUAGAAGAGGCAAUCCCGGCAACACCAUCAAUUAAUACCAUUAGCCUCAAGAAGAGUUGCCUCAGAUACAUAGGGUUUGUGCUGUUGGCAUACAUGGUCUCGAUUCUUCUUGUAGGUUCUCUAUUGGUGUUCUUGUACGUAGCACAUGUUUCAACUGCAAGAGAUGUGCUAACAAGGAAAAGUAUCAAUACCAUGCUUUUCUCCAUAUCAGUCACUGUCUCUUCUUUCACCAAUGGAGGGCUGAUUCCAACGAACGAGAGCAUGGCGGUGUUUUCCUCAAACCAGGGCCUCCUCCUGCUACUCACUGGCCAGAUUCUUGCAGGCAACACCUUGCUUCCUGUCUUUCUGAGGCUGGUGAUAUGGGCACUGAGAGGACUAAGAAUAACCAGAGCUAAACCUGAAGAGUUUGAGUUCAUGAUGAACAACACAAAGGGUGUGGGUUUCAACCACUUGCUGCCUACCCAGCAGACAGUAUUCCUCACAGCCUCGGUCGCUGCUCUCAUAGCCGUUGCCAUCACACUCUUGUGCUGCUUGAACUGGAAUUCGGCAGUGUUUGCAGGGCUGACCCCCAACCAGAAGAUCACCAACGCAUUGUUCAUGGCGGUGAACACAAGGCAGGCAGGAGAGAAUUCCAUCGAUUGCUCCCUCGUCGCUCCUGCGGCUUUAGUACUAUUCAUCGCCAUGUGGUGCAUUCCAGCCUCGACAUCAUUUCUCUCACUGCAUGAACGUGACAAGAGGGGCAUUACAGAACACAAGGAUGGGGCAAACAAGAGAAGACUGUCACUGAAUAAAAUGCUGUUUUCACCACUAGCCUGCACCGCGGUGCUGAUAAUGCUGGUCUGCAUCACCGAGAGGAGAUCGCUCUCCGCCGACCCUCUCAAUUUCUCCACAUUCAACAUGAUCUUCGAGGUCAUAAGCGCGUAUAGGAACGUAGGACUGUCCAUCGGUUACAGCUGCGCGAGGCUGCCGCACCCGGAGAAGCAAAGCGUCUGCCAGGACAUGCCGUACAGCUUCUCCGGGUGGUGGAGCGACCAGGGGAAGGUGGUUCUUGUCCUGGUGAUGCUCUGCGGGAGGCUCAAAUGCUUCCACAGGCAGAGGAGCUAGUCAGUUACGCCAACGCCAUCAGAUUGUCCGGCCAUUUUUCUCUCGUGGUGCUCUUCAAUCCUGGUGUAAAUUCGCAAGAAAUAGGUCCUGAAUAAUGCUUCUGUAUGUGCAAUUAUAUAUGCUUCUGUACUGUACACAAUACGAAAGCCACAAA